AAUAAAUUUUAAUCUCCCCACUCUUCACUUAUCUGGCUUCCACGACGCCAUCUUGUUUUCGCAAACGUACACGAUAGAGCUCUAUCAAAAAAAAAAAAUAAAGUAAUUAAAUACACGUGAAAAAUGAGCGACGAUCAAGGCGAUGUUAAACUAGGUAACUAAACCAGUAUAUAAUGAUAUUUACAGCAAUACCAAAUUUAUAUUUGCGUGGAGUGGAGUUUUCAUUUAGUUCAACUACUAAUCUAGCAAAUGCGGUGAAUAGUGGCGACUAGGUUCGGUUAGGUCAGGUGGUAGGACAAGCACAACUUGCUACAAGGCAUAGGCGAUAUUAUAGCUAAGUUACUUAAGAGCCGCCUAUCCUCGGCCGUUAUGUUACUCCUGUUGUUGGGCAUACAGCCAGCGCUUACAAAAACCCCCCCCCCUGGGGGGGGGGGGGGGGGGGCUCUUUUAAUCUUUAGCAAUUUAAAAACUGUUUCAAUGUUCAAAAUCCAUCUUUUCAGGCUGUCUGUGCCAAAAAGACCAGCACUUUUUACGAACUCGGCACUCACAUUGCAAAAAAAUUUAUAAAAAUAAACUAUUUACUUUAAUUGGAUAAAACUAUAUUCUUGUAGAAAAUCAAAUAAGCUAAUACAAUAUUUAUAAAUCAAACUGAAAUUUCAACAUUUAUGCAAUGAGCUAUUCUGAUUUGCAUAAUUUUAGCUUAAAAUUUUUGGUUAAACUGAGAAUAAACAUGACUUCCUGGUGUAAAUUGUGUGAAUUUUUGGCUGUUGCAGAUUUAGCGGCCCACGUUGACUUUGUUAAGGUUAGGCAUAGGGAUUGAUUUAGGGUUCGGGUUAGGCUUAGGGAUAGAUUUUGGGUUCGGGUUAGGCAUAGGGAUCGAUUUAGGGUUCAGGUUAGGCAUAGGGAUCGAUUUAGGGUUCAGGUUAGGCAUAGGGAUCGAUUUAGGGUUCAGGUUAGGCAUAGGGAUCAAUUUAAGACGUAAAAGUGCGCGCAUGGAAAUAAACGCGGGCCGCGUUCUCUGAAUUUACCUAAUUUUUUAAUGGAUGAAGCAUGAAUAGAAUAACUCGUGUUUUGGGAAAUAAGGGCCAUGGAGGCCCUCCAGACAUCCCUGGCAUAGAGUUCUACUCCUUUUCCUGCUCUCGGGGUACUUUUCGGUUGCUACAGACAGAGCAGUCCUAUUCACCAUUGUGCACCAAAUUAUGGUUUAUUUGAGCUGUGUUACUGAGAAAGUUGUCUGCAUACUUACUUAUUUUAUUAUUAUUCUCUCUCACAAUCAUUUUAAUGAUAUUUUGUGUAAAAAUUAGCACAAUAAACUCAACUGGGGUGCUUAUCCCAUGAGGCAUAUUUAUAGGCUCUAUUUUUUCUAAAAAUUCAUAGGGGUAAUCUCUAUACAAUUCAGAACCCCUAAUCCUAAACCAAGAAUUCACAUUAUCGUUAACAUAAUCAUUUUGAUUGUCUUCAUUACUUUCUUGAAUGUUUUCAUCAGUGUCAGAUUCACUGCGAGAUAGCGAGAAAUCAGAAUCACUAAGCACAAUUUGAUCAGAGUCGCUGUCAGACAUGCUAGAAUUUCACGAUAUAACAAUACACACACACGAAAAUUUCUGCACACAAAUAAAUUUAGUUCACCAUCAACGAACGCUGCCAUUACAAUGUCAGGAUGUGCAGGAAUACAUACGAAUAAUUUUGAUUCGCUGGUAAAACGCUAAGCCAGCUGAUCGGGAGGCUCGAUUUAUCAGGGCCGAUGGUUGGGAUUUUUGUCUUUCUCGCUAGUCAACCUUGGGCAGAUAGAUUGGCCUUUUCAUCUCCAGGGGGUUAAAAGGUCUUUCACUGAAGGCAGCGGCUAUUCAGACCCGGUAUCAUAAGUGAGAAUUUGGGUUUAUUAAAAAAUAUUUGGUAAUUUGGAGAGAUAGUAUCGCGGCCGCCAUAUUGGUUGCGGCGACCCACGAAUGUAUCUCCUAAAUGUAUCCCUAAACCUAACCUGAACCCUAAACUUAUCCCUAACAUGGGCUUUGACCCUAUCGGAACCAGGGUUUUGAUCCUGUCGGAACUAAGGACAAGACAAGACUCGCAAAUGUCAGGGUACCAUCUCUCCAAAUUAGCCAAAUGUUUAAAAUAUUAUUGUAGGGUUUGUACGACAAAAUAUGGUAUCAAAUGAAAGAUAAUUGAAUGGACAAUAUGUUUAUAAAUUUAAUUCUUCAGUUUAACUAAAAUAAACUACCACAAAUGACAUCCAAAAAAGCUGGGUAUAUUGGCGAGUUUAAAAUAAAUCAUAUUUCUUGUUUAAUUUUUUGUGAACAUGCUUUCAGCCUUCAGUCAGAAAAUUGGCAUGUACAGUGAAAAAUGUAAAAAAAAAAAAAAAUAGAGAGAUCUCUUACGCUACUAACUAUGUACCAAUGGGGACUGUAAAAACCAAAUAAAAAGAAAAGUUAGUGCUGUGCAAUGUAGUGUUUUUGGAUAAAUUUUGAGUUGACAGUAUAGGUUUUGCCAAGAGUUUUCUCACCCUAAGCGCAGUGACGUCACAUUGGGGAAUCCCAACACUGGACUUAGGGUGAAUAGAUGUAUUCAUUGAAGGACUUGGAAGAUGUGUGUUAUAACAUUCCUGUUCUUUAUUGAGCCUUACUUGCGUCAUAAACAAUACGGUUUAUAUGAAGUAUAUUAAAAUGAAAUUUUCAAUUAAUUUGUAUUAAAAUUCAACUUACAUGUUUCAAAAGAAAGGAAAUAAGAAACACAUCCUUGCAGAUUCCCCAAGUCCUGACACCGGUGAAAAAAAAGACUGUAUUUUGAUUAGUUGAAACCAAAAUAACCGUAUGCUGAGACUUAGAUAACACAAGGAAGACUACUUCUUAAAUUGCAUUUGGAAUAAUCUUCUAGGAACUUUGGAGGGGAGACCCCUCCCCAAACCCCUCACCUCGCUUUAAAUACCUAAAUAAGAAACAUAGAAAUUCUCCGUGGAGGGGAGAACAGUACCUCUCCCCAAUUUAAAAAAAUAAAAAAACAAUAACUGCAUUAUGUAAAUACAAAAAUUGAAAUCUUUUUAGUAUGGCACUGUAGACGGAAAUGAACCUUGGGAACCUAUAUUAUAUACCGUAAAACACAUUGUAGGCCUUACCGCUAACUCAAAGCCAGGCAGUGUUUUUUAACUAAUACUGCCUGGAAUGCAUUUAAUAAAGAAUAAGCAAAAGUUUAUACGUGAAAAUAUGAAUUUGAUGAGAAAUUGUAAAAGCACCUGAACUGCACUUUUACCCAUUUCUUAUUACCUUCCCUCUCCCCUCUUCUUAUCUUCAGUAAUUAUCGCAAACAAAGUCUAAACCCUUGUCACAAAGAAGUAAUGGUGGUAUAGAUGUCAUCCACAUAUUAGCACUUUAAUUUAACCAAGCUGAUAUAUACUGAAUAGGAUGAGAGUGCCUUAAUUCAGGCUUUGGCCCUGAUGCAGUUUUCUGUCUGUUUUAACUUUACAUUUUUAGAGACCCCUCUCUUUGCAGACUCCUCAUUUUAAUCAUAGUUUAAAUGGCGUCAACAAAAUGUAAGACCCCCCCCCCCCCCCCCCCGGGUCAAAUUAAUGCUUGAACACAGUUAAGGUGAUUAGGUAGUCUUAGUGAAAAUAAAAUUCAACUAUCCCUCUAAAUCUAAAUAGAGCUUGGCUUGAUCAGAACAGAAACAUACACUUUAAUACUCUAUCUCCAAUUUUAAGAAAAUUACGAAUUAUUGAAAACUCUGUACAUCAUCAAAUUUUAGAGUACUGCUUGCUGAUCAGAAAUUAUAUUUAAAUGGUAAAGCUGCAGCCUGGAUAUUUUUGUAAACUUUUAAUAAGAAAAAAAGUCUUGAAAUUGUGAUCCUCCCUGUAAUUCAUCAUUUGAGUUUGGAAAAUUACUGUUAACUCAAAAUAAUGGGAUUCAAAAAAUGUUUUUGGUCCAAGUUAACAUUUCUCACUUGCACCUUCCUUUAAAAACAUUUAACAAAAAAUCUCCCUUGAAAAAAUGUCAUUUCCAUCAAAGUUCUGUUUGAACUAAUUUCUGUCCAAGCAACGUUUUUAAAAAUUGUGUUACUUUUUUUGGAGGUGAGACGUAGUAAAACAAUCAAUAAUUAAUAGGAAGUGCGAAAUUAGUCAAAUAAUCCGUAGAGGGAUGCCGAGUAUAGAAUAGGUAACUUUUUAGAAGGGAGGGACAAUAUUUUUAAAAUUACUACAUUGACUACAUUUUCUGUUCUUAGAGGAGAACUCUCACUCUGAAAGAAAAAGAGACAAAGACAGAAAAAGGUCUCGUUCGCCUCGUAGAAGAUCAAGAAGUCGUGAUCGUGAACGCAAAAGAUCCUCUAGAUCCAAAGAGCGUAAAGUAAAGCGCUCCCGCAGGUAAGCUUGUUCAUCAUGCCUGAAUUUAUAUUUUAACAAAGGUUUUAAAAAUCAUGUUCUGGUGUGUAAAAAAAAAAAAAAAAGAGAGAGUAAUAAUCUAAUUUGUUAUUUAAUUUAAUGUAAUUAUGAUAUAAAUUUACUUUAUAGUAAAGUAAAGCGCUCCCGAAGGUAAGCUUUUUCAUCAUGCCUAAAUUUAUAUUUUAAAAAAGGUUUUAAAAAUCAUGUUCUGGUGUGUAAAAAAAAAAAAAAAAAAGAGAGAGUAAUAAUCUAAUUUGUUAUUUAAUUUAAUGUAAUUAUGAUAUAAAUUUACUUUAUAAAAUGUAGAUUAUGUUAAUGAGAUAACUUAGUGGUAAUUAUAUUAAAGCCUUACAAAAAAUUAGGUAUAGUCUUUUUAAAACACUUUCUUACAUUUAAUUUAAAAAGUAAUUCCAAUCUUAUUUAUCUUUCAGUCGUUCACCCAAGAAAACCAGAAAGAAGAGACCAUAUAAAUAUUGGGAUAUUCCUCCCCCAGGCUAUGAACAUAUUUCUCCAGCUCAAUACAAAGCCAUGCAAGGUAUUUUUUAAAUAUGUAUUUAUUGAUUUUACUUGUUUGAAAUAGAAGAAUCCGUAAAAUUCUGGGGAAAUUUGAGCAUUCUUUAAUUGUAAAUGGCCAAGUUACCAUUAUUUAUUUUGGAUUUCUUUCUCAUAAAAACCAUGACAAAGAAAACUAUAAAAUUAAAUAUUGGAUAUUUUAAAAAGAUUAAGGGCUAAAUAAAUAACUAGGAAGAGAAUAGAGUAUUGGUGUGCCUGUAUAGCCAAAUGCUAUUAUUACUUGUUGUAGCGGCCGGCCAGAUCCCGCAGGAACCUGUUGCUCAGGUACCCGCCGCAGUAGCCUCAGCAGACAUUACUCAGGUUCCCGGCAUGAGCUCGCUAAGUCGACAAGCACGCCGCCUUUAUGUGGGAAAUAUUCCAUUUGGGGUUACUGACGUGAGUGUUUGUUGAUUGGUGUAUUAUUCAGUGCCUUGUUUGAAGUAAACUUUAAACAGAUAAUACUGAAAACAAAAGUUAUUUAGUAACGGGUCAACAAUGUAUACUAGCAAUCUGACAUUGGUAUUGCUAUUUUGUAAACAUUACUUCAAGCAGGGCACACUAUUUCUUUUAAUUGUUAAGAUAUAGGGCAUAUUUUGUUGUUUCUCUAUCUCUUGUUUCCCUUUAGCUUCUGGCCAGAUCCCAGCAGAGCCUACGACUGCCCCAGCAGUUGGGCCUACUAGUGCUGAUGCCAGUGUCAAUUAUGCUGGUAGCUCCCUCAGCCGUCAAGCUCGCAGGUUAUAUGUGGGCGGUAUUCCAUUUGGGAUGACCGACGUGAGUGCAGCCAUGCUGCUGUGGGAAACAAUAGAUAAUCAGAAACUUUUUUGAAUACCAUAAUUUUUAUAACAACCUACCAUUAAAAUAUUUAUUUUGUUAAUUAUAACAGUUAUUGCUAGUUUCAUUGGACGUAAUGAAUUUUUUAUAUAUCAUAUUUUUUCCACAGUUUCAUGUUGCCAUAUUUUUUUAUUUUACAGAGGAUAAGUGAUUUUUUAAAAGCUUGUUACUGCCUUUUUAAAAAAUCUAAUGUUACCAUAGCACAUGGUUUUACAGUAAUAUUUGCAUAAUGUAUAUUUAUUAAUUGGAGAAAUCAUUUUUUUUUUUAAAAUGGCAGGAUUAUUUAUUUAAUUAAUUAAAAAAAAAACUGUUCAAAAUGUCGCUUUACUUUAUGUAUUCAUUCAGUACAGCUCUUUAAAAAUACACAAUUUCAGGAAGCUAUGAUGGAUUUCUUCAACCAUCAGAUGCGUAUAACAGGACUUGCUCAAGCAGAGGGUAACCCAGUAAUAGCGGUUCAAAUCAAUUUAGAUAAAAAUUUUGCAUUUUUAGAGGUAAGACUCGUUUUAAUAUUUUUCUUUAUAGCAUUAUUUAGUUUCCAACAAUUAAUUCUUACUUAACAUCAAAGCUAUCAAAUAAGGAAGUUACCAUUCAUCAUAUUUAAUGGAAUCUAUAAAUGUUAAAAAUGGAACUUUUUUGUGUGUUUUUAGUUCAGAUCUGUCGAUGAAACAACGCAAGCUCUAGCAUUUGAUGGUAUUAGUUUCCAAGGACAGCCAUUAAAAAUUAGAAGACCAAGUGAUUACAAACCCUUACCUGGAAUGGCAGAAAAUCCAACUCUUGCUGUACCAGGUAAUUAUGGCUAACUUAUUUUUUAUUUAAACCAGUUAUACUUUCUCUGGGGUGUUAAUACAGAAUGCAUUUAUAAUACUUGAGAACAAGUGACUACUAUUUCAAUAGAUUUCAUUUCUUUUAAAUUAAUUUUUGAUGGAAAGAACACAUCAAUACAGCAAUACUGAUAAAGUUCAUAAAUGUUAAAAUAAAAAAAACACACUUCAUCAAAAAAAACUAGUAGAAUUUCACUUUUCAUUUACAUACUGGUACCAUGAAAUGAACCCAAGAAUGAAAGAUGGUGUGGUUUGAAAAUAUAAGUGGACAAUUCUACACAUCACAGUUUACUAUGCUAAAAAAUUCUGAAAAACCCAUGAAUCUAUGUCCACUUUACAAUGAAUCGUGUAAGAAACUGUUGACCUGCAUUCUCUUUAUGUUGUUGCUCUUAUAUUUGAAAAAAUUCAGAGUUAUAAAAUGACCCAUGCAAAAUAUACUCCAUGCACCUGACACGUAGAGGGUUAAGACAAACUCUGAAGCUUUUUAAAAAAAAUUCAACUGUCAGAUCUAUUUACAUACGUAGAUCUCAUAUCUAUAUAUCUACACAUGUAUAUAUAGAGAGAGAUAGAUAGAUAGCAAUAUAGAAAGCUAAACACAUUUGAUAGAAUUAGGAGUAUCACUAAUAACAAACACAAAUUUUUCAGUUUUAUCCUAUUUUAGAUUGAUGUUGCUGUAUGUUAAUUUUAAAAGUGAUAUAUUAAGGGAAAUGUGCACAUUGUUGAAAUUAAUAUAUUGUGCUAAUGUCUUUAUGUGAUUGUAUUAUUGUGUUAUAGGUGUUGUGUCAACAGUAGUUCAAGAUUCUGCUCAUAAAAUUUUUAUCGGAGGAUUACCUAGCUAUCUGAAUGAAGAUCAGGUAAGUAAAAUAGAGUUUUCUUACAGGGACUAGCAACUUAUGCUUUGAUGUUCAUGGUUCAGUGGUUUUCCAGAGACUGAUGUCACCGUUUGGAUUUCUUGAGGACAUUGUGGAAUGAAUAGAAGACAACUUUGUUGAAAGGUUUAUUUAGUUAGUAGGAAAGGUCUUCAACUGACUUUGUGGUUCCUGAUUGCUGAAAUAGGGUAGUGCUUGUGAGGUAUUUUGAUAUUAACAGGUGUACCAAUUCUAUGUCUCCUUGCCAAUUCUUGCUUUUUUGUCUUUCCCUAGCGUUUGUGUCUCCUUUGAAGUUUAUCAUUCACAGGCUCUUUUUGGGACCCUUGAGAAUGUCUUAAUGUUUCAGAACUUUUACCAUUGAGCUGUGUUGGUGGGAAGUUGUUUUAAGCUUUUGGUGGAUCUGCAAGAUAUUUUUUUCAGGACAUUUCAGGUCUUUCAUAUUUGGGAGCGUCGAAGUCAUCCAACUUUUCCCUACACAGAUAUUUCCUAGAAUCUAUCAUUGUAAAUUAAAAGAAAUGCAUGUUUAAAUCUGUUAAAAGCAGUCAGCUAAAUACAUAUUCUAAAUGAGAUAAAGGCACAAAAAUAAUUUUCAUGUGCACAAAGUUAAUUACUAAAAGCAAACUUGUUUUUAGUUAAAUAAAUAAUAUUUUAAAGAUUGUUGUAGUCAGCAAAAAGAUUAAAAUUUUGAAAUAAAGAAAGAACUGAAUCAUUAAAUUGAAAGUAAAUGAAAUUUUUAAUAUUUUCCUAUUGGACAUAGAAAGAUUUCUUUUUUUAAAAAAAGCUAAACAGGUGCUGUAAUCAUUUUUGGUAGUUUUUUCCUAAAACGUAAGUCAUGCAUUAUCAAAACUUCUCAGAGCCUAAAUAAGUCCCUUCCAGUUGUUGUUUUCAGCUAUGACAGGUCCAGCCUAAACUCAAGUUUCAGGUUGUUUUUUCCUCUUUUUUUUUUCAAAAUUCAACUUUUUUUUUCAGGUUACAGGUUUAAUUUAGCAUUGUAAAGGGAAAGUUCACUUCUGAAUAAAGUAAACUGUAACUGUAUAGUAAAAUGUUCUGAAAAAUAAUCUGAAGAUGAUCACAUCAUUUCAACUGAAAUAUCAAUUUUCUUGAAUAUGGCUUAGAAGACUUUUAAAUAUGCAGAAUAUUGAGUGUUAAGCCAGCAGUAUUCAAUUGAAAAACGAACAAAUAAGGCACAUAUUGUGAUAUGAUUUUUCAAUGCAGGCUCUAAACGUUUUUCUUCUUGUUUCUUCCCCCUUUCAUUCCCUAGCUUAGGGAAGAGGUUGAAAGUGCGUUAACUUACCCACUACAUUGUAUUACCACUACAAUCUUACUUUUGUGUGUGGCCAACCAGGACACAGGCAAGUGCUAUCACCUAUGUAUAAACGCGAAAAGAGUGGAUAACAUAACACUUCAGCAAAAAUCAACUUUCCUAAAGUAUUCACAUGUCCGCAUACAACCUGAAAAAAAUAGAAUAAAAUUAUUGGGUAUUCAGAGGCAUCAGCACAGUAUGAUAGUAAUUUGUCUGUAUCUAGAGCUGUCUUUCUCUGUUUCAUAAAUACUUUAAAAUUCACUUCUGUUAAAAUGGCUUUGUAAGUUUAAACAGGUAAGUUUUGAGGCUUCACUGUCAAUCAGGGUUGACCAGUGAUUAUUGGAUUUUUAUGUUGUAUUUGUCUCAUUGUACCAUAAGUUAACAUCAAGGUAAGUAAUAACUUAAUUUACAAAUACUCUCUCUUCUGAAAUUGGAAACAUUUUAUUAAUUCUUAGUAAAAUUUAUUUUUAACACAUUCCCACUUUCUUGCCGUGACAACUUAUCAUUUCUUUAGCUAGUCAUAUAUUGAUUUAUGAAAAUGUUUAUAUUAGUAUUUCUUUGUCGGUAGCAACCAACUUUUAUUAUGAAGGGAGAUUUUCUUUGGAAACUUAAGUUCUGGGAGAUUUUCUUUGGAAACUUAAGUUCUUUACCAGCUGAACAUACUUUAAAACUCUUUUUUUUUUUUUUUUUGGCCUGGAAAUAUUUUAUUUUUUGAAAACUAAUGCAUCCUACAUAUUGUAUUCUUUUUGACAGGUAAAAUUUUUUUUUUUUUUUUUUUUAUUUUUGUAUUUUUUUUAAUUUUUUUUUUUUUUUUUUUUUUUUUUUGGCCUGGAAAUAUUUUAUUUCUUGAAAACUAAUGCAUCCUACAUAUUGUAUUCUUUUUGACAGGUAAAAGAACUGCUAGUUUCAUUUGGACCUCUGAGUGCUUUUAACCUUGUUAAAGAUAGUGCAACAGGUCUUACAAAAGGAUUCGCAUUUUGUGAAUAUGCAGAUGUUUCUGUCACUGACCAGGUUAGUCAACGUCAUCGUAAAUUUUAAAAGAUUAAGCUUAACCCUUUACUGGGCAGAGUGGCCGAAAACGUCUUUAGUACUGAACGGGCAAAAUGUCUAAAAGCGUCCGUGACGACAUAUAGUUGUAAACUCGUGACCUCCGAGUCUUUGUGAGACUUCCUACUGUUUACGUCUGGAUUUUCCGAUAGCUGGAUAGAGUGGGCGCCAGUUACAAGUAUUUAGUCGAUUAUUUUUUGUGUGUAGUUUUAGGGGUUUAACAAAAUUUUUUUUUCGAAAUGGAUUUUGCAGAUUAUUUGCCUAUGAUUCAAGUGAUAGCGGAGAUUUCGCUGGAUUUAAUUUAAGUGAUAUUGAAGUGCACGAAUUUACUGUAAAUUGGAACAAGAUAUUAAUUAUUAUUUGUAAUAUUAGUGAAAUCAGCAUAGUAAGCGGUGUUGAAUUUUACAAACUUCGAUUUUGUGGCAGUGUUUGUAAAUAGUAAAUACAUGACUCACAAUCACAAACAAUAUGUUGUUUUUGCAAAUAUUUGUGUUCAUAUGAGGAUUAAUGGCAACAUGUGGGGAAAAUUAUAAAUCUGCAUUCAUUUUCCUUUAUUUUGCUUUUUAUUUCACAAAAAUUUGUUGACUAACACCUUAGAUUUGAUUUUUUUUACUGUCACCCUAAAUCUUACUUAAAACCGGAGAAGAGGUGCUGGAGAUUCAAGAGGAAGUACCCCUGCCCCUUAAAGGGUUAAGGCUCUAAGUUAAAACUGUGAUUUACAGAAAAAAAGUUUUAGGUUUUAACUACCAGAGAACUUUAAAAAAAAAGGUUUGAAUGGAACUGGCACUUUGGAGCAGGGCCUUUUCCCCUGGAGCCAGAAAAAGUUCUUGCUGUCCCAAGUUUCAAAACUUUUAACAUUAGUACUGGUAGUUUUAUUUAAAGAUACAAAUUAUAUAUUUUUGUAAUUAUGUAUUUUGCUUUGAAAGACUAAUUGUAAUUCAGCUAUUCACUAUAUUAUUUACUAACUGAAAACUUGCCCUCCUGUCUAAACAAAGGGACAUAACUCUGUUUUAAAAUGUGAUAUUUAAAAGAAACUAUAUAAAACAAGCAAUGUCAUUGUUAUUUCAGUUUUCAUUAAAGAUCAAAAUUAAUGAAUUAUUAUGUUUGCUAUUUAAAAAAAUAAGGAUAUUUAGAUAAUAAAUUUCUAUAAUAUCCGAAGUUGAUGUUGACUGUUGAAGAUUACUCCCUGCUUUUUCAAAACUUCACAGACAGUCACCAUGGUCACUAGCCAGCUCUAAUAUUUAUUAUCUACCAGGAUGUGUAACUGUAUUGAUUUUUAUAGUCUGUUUCAGAUAUAUCUUCCACAAUAACAUGAUCACUCUUUUUUUCUAUAUUAAUUUUCAUAAAUUCUACAUAGAUCUGUUAUAUUGUUUCGUCAUCUUAACUUGUUAGUCUAGUAAGCUUAGAGCAAUGAACUUGGAAAGUCAUGCUGAACUUAAUCUCUCAUGACUUUUUAACAAAAGAAUAUGCAAACAUGAUUUCCCCUUUUAAAAAAGAGCUUCGUUCACGAGUGAAGCAGUAAAUUUUAGCAGAGACACCCUGAAAGAAUAUCAUGUGAUUAUUAGCCUGACUUGCCACCACCCAGUAUUUUAAGCAGGCCGGUAUUGUAAGCAGGCCGUGGUGGUUAUUUGGGAAAUGACAGCGGGCGCUUAAGGCAGUAGAGGGUUAAUCACAAUUGUAGAGCAACUUUAUGGAUUACAGGAAGUAACUGAAACAUUAUUACAUUAAAAGGUUUAAGAAAGAGAAAAAGCACCCCACUGAUUCUCAAACAUUUGAACCUUGCACAGAAACCUGGAAUAUAAAAAGUCCAGUACCCCCAAAUUUUUGGAUACCUUGUUACUAUGUCACUAAAAGACAUGGCCUCAGGACGUGCCGACUUAUACUCCCGAAACAAUGGCAUAAAUCUAAAGACAAUUUAUAAUUUUGAAAAAUCCCAUUAAAAUUUCCAAGGCUCUAUUAAAACUAAUUCAUUUUCUGUAAAUAAAGGGGAUACUUAAUAUCUUUAAACCCUACCAAAGACAUCCAGAGUACUUUGCAGAAUUGGAGCUAACAAAAUAUGUCCGUAGCAGAGCUCAGCUAAAAAAAAUUCUGCUUCACAACCCUGAAAAUAACAGAAUGUGAAACAUUCACCCUUUCUUUUUCUUCCAUCCCCAUUUUUUUCAAUAUGCCUUUUUUAUAUAUUUUACAAACAUUUUUCAGGCUUGUGCAGGUCUGAAUGGUAUGCAACUUGGUGACAAGAAACUUAUUGUGCAGCGCGCUAGUGUGGGUGCAAAGAAUGCUCAACAGGUAAAGGAUACAAAUUAUUUUUUAUUUGUAGGUUUCAUCCACCUAUAGAAAAUUUUGAUUUUAUAUUUUGUCUUGUCUAACUUUAAAUGUUUAAUCAGGAAAUAUUUUUUAAAAAUUUACAUUAUAUACUUGAUAAGCACUUUUGCUUUGAAGUGUUUAAGCAAAUUUUUAAUUAAUACAAUGGUAUAACCAUUCCAUAAAACUUUAAAAUACCCUAUCCAUGAAAAACCUAUAUAAUUACCUGUUUCCAUUUGUUAUUUAUCAGUUUAUUAUUGCAAGUCCAUGAAAUAUUAACUGUAGUCUUUUGAAUUUGAAUUGCACUAUAUUUGUCAGAUUUGUUGCAUUCCUAAAUUGACCCUUUCUCUUUAGCAAGCACCUGUGCAACUGCAAGUCCCGGGCCUCAACUUGAACCAAGGUGCUGGUCCUGCCACUGAAGUAUUGUGCUUGAUGAAUAUGAUAACUCCUGAGGAAUUGGUUGAUGAAGAUGAAUAUGAAGGUAGGAAAAUAAUAUUUAUGGAGGCUGAACUAUUAAUUUGUUGAACUUAGAGUUAUUUUAGGUUACCUUUGAUGCUCAUUGCACUGCUUCUAUAUAAUAUUCUGUGAAACAGCAUGUAGUAUAAAUGGAACUUGGAGAAAGUUACUAACUUUGGAAUAAUUGAUGGGGCUUGAUGUAAAGUGUAUUUACUUAGAUCAAUAUUGUUUUUAAAAUGGGCCAAGUGUUGUAUUAUAAUAUUUGAAAGAUUAUCAUGCACAGUUACUGAGAUAUUCAAAAUACUUUAAAUCUAGAGACUAUUAAAUCUGUUUGCUAAAAUAUUGCUGGAAAUACAUGAUUUCAUUGUCACCCAAAUGUUCAUAAUAACUCUCCUUAAGAACUGUAUCUUACAAUCAUGGAUUUCAAUUGCACAAAAUCAUAUAAAUGCAUGUGUAAGUGUCUCUAAUUAUAAACCUUUAUAUUAAUUUAUAUACAUUAUGAUGUAUUAUAAUUCUCAGACAUUGUGGAAGAUGUUAAAGAGGAAUGUGGAAAAUAUGGUAUUGUAAUGAGCCUUGAAAUACCAAGGCCUAUAAAAGGAGUCGAGGUACCUGGUGUUGGAAAGGUAAGACUUUCAUUGCAAUUUAUUAGGUUUGAGUUUGGCCAGAGAAAAAGCAAACCAAUCUGCUUAAAAACAAUCUAAAACAAAUUUAGUGCAAUGGAGUAACUAAAAAUGUUACAUAUUUCCUUAGGAGGAAUACAUUUUAAUAUCCAUAAUUGUGCUAUUGUCAGACUAUUGAAAUUCUCUGUGUAAACUAACGUAAAUCAGAUGUGAACUCUAAAUUACAUUAAAAUUUUGACAGAAUAACCUUUAAAUGGAUUUUUAAAAAUCUUCUUCAUCACUUGUUUUUUCACUUUAAAAUUUCAAAGUGGUCCAAGAAGUGAGAGGUUGUGAUUAAAAUUAAAAAAAAAAAAAUUAUUGUAGGGUUUGUAAGACAAAAUUUGGUAACAAAUGAAAGAUAAUUGAAUGGACUAUAUGUUUGAUAACUUACUUCUUCAGUUUAACUAAAAUAAACUACCACUAAAUGACAUCUGAAUAGCAUUUGUCUAAUGGGACCCGGGUCCGAAUAGCGACGAUGCAUUUCCAGUUCCAUUUUGACUUAAUGCUAUUUGGAGGUCAUUUGUGGUAGUUUAUUUUAUUUAAACUGAAGAUGAUACCAAAUGUUGUCUUAAAAACCUACAAUAAUUUUAAAAUAUUUUUUUAAUAAACCCAAACUCUCACUUCUCUGACCCGCGUCCAAAUAACAGCCUUAAAAUUUAGCAACCUUCUCUUAAAAUUUUUUAUGUACGCAUGUCUUAAUUUUUUUAUUUUUCUUCUUCUUGAUUUCACUCAGCCAAGUUAAGCAUCCAUAUUACAUUUCCGUUUUAAAAACCAAAUAGGGAUUCUCGAUUUUAAUUUGUCUCUAAAAUUUUAACAAUUGUUAUUCCAUUUCAUUCAGAUUUUUGUGGAGUUCAACUCUAUCAUAGAGUGUCAGAAGGCUCAAGCUGCACUUACAGGACGCAAGUUCUCAAAUCGUGUUGUUGUCACCUCAUACUAUGAUCCAGACCGUUAUCACAGAAGAGAGUUUUAAAUUUAAAUGCAAUUCAUUUUAAAGACAUUGUGGAACAAUCAGCUGAAGAUUGAUAUAAUUUAAAAGCUGGCAUUUGUCAAGAUAUUUUUAACAGAAGAAAAGUCAAGUAUAAGUAAUAAAAAUGAAUUUAUGUGUUGAAAUAUGUUUUUUUUUUUUUUUUCAGGUGAAGCCAUGUUAACAUUUUUACUCGCUUUGACAUAAAUUUUGUGCUAAAUAUUCACAUGGGUUUUUACAUUUUUUGGGCUUUUAUCAUUACCAGAAUCUUGAUGAUUAUUUGUUGACCUUGACCAAUUAAUACUGUUCAUGUGAGUCUUGAGUUUCUUGUGCCAGCCACAGUUUUAAUCAGUUAUCACAUGGAAUGAUUUGUUUUUGUUUGAAUUUCAAAAUUGUUUUUUGUGACAAGGACCUUUUUAAAAAAAAAAAAAAACUAUUUUGGCUAUUAAAAAAUACAUCUUCAGCAAAUUACCAUUCACUGACAAGUACAUCCUGUAAUGAAUAUGGUCAUUACCAGCCACAGUUUUAAUCAGUUAUCACAUGGAAUGAUUUGUUUUUGUUUGAAUUUCAAAAUUGUUUUUUGUGACAAGGACCUUUUUUAAAAAAAAAAAAAAACUAUUUUGGCUAUUAAAAAAUACAUCUUCAGCAAAUUACCAUUCACUGACAAGUACAUCCUGUAAUGAAUAUGGUCAUUAACUGCCUAUCAGCAAUAUUUUCAUCAACUUUUUUUGUUGGUUAAUUUUUUUGUCUACCGGUAUUCAUUUCUCAUUGCAUUAUUAAUGAUUAUUUCACAGAUAUUAAUGUUUGAAGCCCAAAUUUGGCUAUUCCAAUCACUGCAGUUUUAACAAAAGUGUAUUAAAUAUAUAUAUAUUUUUUAAAAUGAUCUAAUGAAUUGUUAGCUAAUUGUCAAUGAGAUAAUUAUAAGUAAGUACUUUUUUUCAUUAUUUACCUUAAAAGCCCUAUAAUUUUGAUGAGGCUCUUUGUUAUUUUUCUUGAUCUUAUUAAUCAUGACUUGGUGUAAUCUAAACAAUCAAAACAUGGGUUUCAUCAAGUCAAUCAGCUUAUGUUGGAUUCGUCUCAGUGGAUGAAUGGAGGUUUAUUUGUUUGCAAGUUGCUGCUGUAAUUAUGGCAAUUGAUUUUCUCCCAAUUCUUAGAGCAUAAUUGUAAGGUUGACUGAAUUAAAAUGAUGAGAAAUUGAA